AUGGCCACGCUGUCCCCUGCCUGUCCCCGCUGCCUCCUGCCCCUCUCCCUGGGGCUCUUCCAGGCUGCACUGCUCCUCUUCUUCACCUUCUUCGUUACCUACGAUGAGCCCUCAGAACAGGCCAACUUGGUGGCCAACCGGCUCUACGGCAUCUUCCCCCUCUUCCAGGACAUCCAGGUGAUGCUGGUGGUGGGGCUGGGGCUCCUGCUGGCAUUUCUGCCCCGCUACGGGCUUAGUGCCCUCACCCACAACUUCCUCCUGCUCAACUUCUCCACGCAAUGGGCGCUGGUGCUGCAGGGCUUGCUCCAUCACUUCCACCAUGGCCAGGUCCACCUGGACCUCCACAACCUCCUCACUGCUGAGUUUGCUGCUGUGACGGUGCUCAUCUCAGCGGGAGCUGUCCUGGGGAGGACCAGCCCCUGCCAGCUUCUCGUCAUGGCUGCCUGCGAAGUCCCUGUCUACUUUGCCAGUGAGUGGAUCAUCAUCACCCAUCUGGGUGUCCUCGACGUGGGGGGCACCAUGACGAUCCAUGUCUUCUCCUGCUAUUUUGGCCUCGGUGUGUCCAAGGCUCUGUUUGGGGCAACGCGGCAGCCGGUGAACCCCAAGGAAACCCCAACACCCCCCUCUGACCUCCAGUCCCUUGUGGGGACGCUCAUCCUCUGGGUUUUCUGGCCCAGCUUCGUGGCUGUCCUCUGCCAACCAGGAGAUGCCCAGCAUCGUGCCAUCCUCAACACCUUCCUUGCCAUGAGCACCAGCGCCGUGACCACCGUGGUGACCUCCAGCCUGCUGGAGAGGGAUGGCAAACUCAGCCCCAGCCACCUGCAGAACGGCAGCCUGGCUGGCGGGGUGGCCAUCGGGGUGGUGGCUGACAUGGCUGUGCCACCAGUGGCCGCUCUUGCCCUGGGCAGCCUCUCAGCCGUGACAUGUGUCCUUGGCUUCAGGUUCCUUACCCCGUUCCUGGCCAGGAAACUCACACUCCAGGACCAGUGCGGCAUCCACAACCUCCACGGCUUGCCCGGCAUCCUUGGUGCAGUGGCCAGCGCUGUGGCCAUCCUGGUGACACCUGAGGACACCUCCGGGUCCCUCUUCUCCCCGGAUUCCCUGUAUUUUAAAACACAGGAUCAGGCUGGGAGCCCAGGGCCCGGUGGCUCUGCUGAGGAGGGAGCUCUGGCUCUGAAGGUGCAGGUUUAG